AUGGACCUCACACAAUGGGAGAAGCGCAACCCGCGCCGCGGGAACGACGAGACCAAUCAAGCGUGGGAGCGCGAGCUCGAAGACGACGAGUGCAUGCGUGACGCGCCGCCGCCGCCGCCGCGGUCGAGGACAAAUUCCCUGAGCACGAAUUCCAGCGACGGCGACGCGGCGCCGCGCGAGGCCGUGGAACUCUGCGGCAUUUGUAUGCUCAUUGAGCACAUGAUGGCGAACCCUCCGCCGGGCGCCGCGGAGCCUCAGCAGCUCUCCGCGUUCUGGGCCACAACCGACGCCAUGGCCGGCGCUGUCCCGUUGCCGAACGUCGCGGAGCUGCACGAUUUCCUGUUCCGCUUGUUCGCGACCACCGGCCACACCCCGGAGUGCUCCGUCCUGUCGUUCAUGUACAUUCUACGACUGUUUUUGUCUGUGCGGAAAUCAAAUUUACGGCGCGUUCGCCCUGAAUCGCAGCGUCGCCCUCCAUGCCAUCGACGCGACGCCUGCUCGAUAGCGUGGCGGUGUCAGUUCCUCACCGCUCGACGGAGCCAGCGGCCACGUCGUCGCUGAGAAAUGACUUAGUGAAGAAUUAUCGGGUGCAUCCGACACACUGGUUGAUUCCAUGUGACACAGGUUUUCGUAUCAUCCUCAUUUGCGAAUCACGCCGCGGAAUUGCAAACGCUUAUUAUUGUGCAGCGUCAUGGUCUGUGUGGAAAUCAACCAGUGUGUCGGGUGCACCCGACAAUUCUUCACUAAGUCAUCUCGGCGAUGACGUGGCCGCACUGGUUCCGUCGAGCGGUGAGGAACUGGCAUCGCCACGCCAUCGAGCAGGCGUCGAGGCGAUGGCGUGGAGGUCGACGUGAUGAUUCAGGACGAUUGGGCCGUAAAUUUGAUUUCCACACAGGUCAUGGUCGCUCAGAAGAACCACGAUGACGCUCCUCUGCGAAACGUGGACUUCUCGACGGCGUGGGGCCACGUCCUGCCGGGCGAGCGGCCCGUCUCCCCCGAACGUAUAAACGCAAUGGAGCACAUCCUCCUCAACGCGGUGGGCUUCGAUUUAUACGUCCCGCAGGAUCAGUACGAGGCCUGCCUCGCGGAACUCCAUGGCGUCGUACGGUCGCACGCCGCGAACGUACAUGACCUGCCCGUCCUGCUGCAGCGGCACGCCGAGUUCCUCACGACCCAGGCCGCGCGCCUCCCGUGGACGACGCCCCCCUAG